UCGAUGGUGGCCGAGAUAACGAGCGUCGCCGUGCCGCUGCGGCUUGUGAUCAAGUUGCGCACGUACGAUCUCUCGUGGAAUGCGUCCUUGCCCGCCGAGUCGCUCCUCGACAUGGCACGCGACCUCACCGAGCAGCAGAUGACGCUCGAUGGGCUCUUCAAUGCGACCCAAGGCCGCGAGGUCGACUUGACGGCGCCGCUGGGACAGUCGGUGGCGCCCAACGACGUCGUCGAGGCCAAGAGCUUCCUCGACAUGCCAGACGAUUCCAGCUUUGCGCCAUGGCGAUCGUCGGGAAGCGCGAGAACCGACGCGUCGCCAAAGAAAUGCGUCAGCGCGCCAAGGACACGGACCAGCUCCUGUCGCUGA